AUGAAACUGUUAACUCUCUUGUGUGCAUGCGUAUUAAUCACUACUGGUACUUGGGCUUAUUCCCGUGAUUGUGCUAAAGGCCCAGAGUAUUGGUGUCGAGAUGCAUCAACAGCCGAAGACUGUGGUGCUGUUCAACAUUGUCAACAAACAGUAUGGAAUAAAAAAGAAAAUCCAAUAGCAACUAGUGAUACAGCUCAUAUGUUAUGUAAUGUUCUUGCUCAAGCAUCAAGUGAACUUUUAACUGACGGUUCAAUAAAUGCUAAUUCGAUUACAGAAUAUCUUCGUGAAGAUUGUAAUAAAUUACCAGCUGAAAACAAUCUUAUUCAACAAUGUCAAAUGGCUGUUGAUCUCUAUCUUUCUGAUAUUCUUCGUCAUAUUAAAACUGGCACUGAAACAUCAAAAAUCUGUUCCAUUAUUCAAGGACAUGAUACAUCCAAUGUUUUCAUUCCAAAACCAAAACCAUUGGAUCUUACAUCGAAUACAACAUGUGUUUUAUGUGAAUUUAUUGUUCAUAUUCUUCAAACAUUUGCCACUGCUAAUGCAUCAGCACAAGAACUUUCUCAUAUUCUUGAAUAUAUCUGUCAAGAAAUGCCAUCAGUUUUACGUGAUGAAUGCAAACAAUUUAUUGAAGCAUAUGGUCCUGAUAUGAUUGCUAUUCUUGUUCGUGAAUUUGAUCCAGCUAAAACAUGUGAACUUAUUAAAGUUUGUCCAAAACCUAAAAAUGUUGCCUUUUUAAUUAAACCAAAUGUACAAACAUGUGGCCUUUGUGAUUAUGUUUCGACAUAUUUAUCUUCUGGUUAUCCAAUUGAAAAUGUUUGUAAACACUUCUCAACUGACAAUAAUAUUAAACAACAAUGUGAAGUUCUUGUUCAUUUGUAUAAACCAAAUAUUUGCCCACAAUUACCUAUAUGUUUUGAUGAACCAGUCAUAACACCACUUGAACAAUCAAUUGAAACACCAAUCAAAUCUGCUGAAUGUUCAUUGUGCAAAUAUGUUGUUAGCUACAUUGAUACUGUUGUUCAAAAUAAUAAAUCAGAAGCAGCCAUUGAAGCAGCACUUGAAAAA